UCUGCCGGACAUUGUGUCGUAGAAGAAGAGUGUAACCGGAAACUAAACAGCGUGGCGGAGCAACGCGCGGCGGAAGAGGAUUUUAAUCGUAGUGAAAGUAAACAAACAGCUGCUGGUUAUCCAGCUGUUCAGACUGAUGGAACCAUCUGAAACUCUCUCAGCAUGGAGCCUUCUGAUUGGACAGAUGAGUCACUGACUACAUGUUCAGAUCGUCAGUCAGAGCCAGGAUGUCUCACUCCUCUGAUAAAGGUGACCAACAGAAUGCGGAGUCUGCAGGCAGGACGUGGGAGGAGCCUCAGCCAGGUCCAUCAAGGUGUCAGCCCAGCAGACAGGGUUACUGUGGAUACUGCAGAGUCCUCUACAGUAACCUGGACCAGCACCUGUCCAGUCUCAGACACCUGGAUUCUGUGCGAACUUCCUCCCGAGGAUCCAGCAUGGUCUCCUCCGCCAGCAAAACAAAGCUAACCCUUCUGGAGCGCUUCCUGCAGGACGUCCUGCAGCACCACCCAAACCGCUACAACGACUCCAGGCCGUCUCAUGCUGACCUCCCCUCAGUCUCCGCCCCUCCGUUGCCGAGGGAGGAGCUUGAUGAACUCUGUUUCUCUGAAAAGGACAGUCGGUCACUGGGAACACGAGACCACCUUCCCAGCUCUGACAACACCUCAUAUAAACCGGCCAAUCAGCAGGAAGAAAGCUCCUUCCACAGCCAACCAGACGAGGGAGUCACAGAGGAAGCAGGUCAGGAGAGGCUGUCUGCACCAAUCAGAGAGCAAGAACAAGAAGGGACCAAACUUAAAGGAAAAUCACCCUCAACAAAUACACGGACCCUACCCCCAUUGACUCAGGCCCCACCCCCUGUUCACAGGAAGGCCCACAGAAAAACAAACCGAAGGAAAACCAGUCCCUCCUCACCUUCCUCAUCCCCCUGCAGGGUUUCAGCCCCUGGUUCCCCGCCCCCACUCGAGUCAGGAACUUCUCUUUGCCCAGUCUUUACCCUCCCCUCAAAGUCCAGGCCCUCCUUAUGCCUGGGCUUGGGCACCGGCCCUGGCCCGCCCUCUGAGAUCCGGCCCUGGCUUAGCUGGCAGAAGGAGAGGAGAGAGGCUCACAAAGAGGAGGCAUUCUCGUCAGAAACCAGUGACCCCCUGGAGCAGACCAUUGAGGAGGUGAUCCAGAUGUAUUGUUAUGACAUCAGUUCCACUCCCUGCCAGCGGGAGGAGACAGAGAGCUUUCACUUCAGCAUUCCUGUCUCCACUGACACAACGAGUGAUGACUGGGACCCACCUUUACAGUCAAAAAUCUGUUCACAGCGAGGACCAACACUCAGCUACGCACAUCCCUCAUACACACCUGUCCAGGUGAGCCAGACAGAGGGGCAGGACCUGAGCCGUCUGAUGGAUGUUCAGGUUCAACUAGACCAGGUGUACACGUACCAGCUUGAAUCUGCCCUGGGCAUGGCCAGGCAGGACCAAGGCUUCUGGACUUUGCCCAUAGAUGAGAUCCUGCCGGCCCCACAACAUAUCCCAGAAUCCUUCAGGGGCAAGACCUGGGCGCAGGUAGAACAGGAGGACAUGGACAUGGUGGAGCAGCUAGUACGGCAGUUCAGAGGAGAGAAAUUCCUCUGCUACUUUGACAGCGAGUCCCUGGCCAGGUAUGGAAGAAGGCGCCUAAAAAAGAAGGGGUGUGUUGAGGCAAAGGAGGCGGUCCCUAACAACGAUGUCCUGCCUUUAUUGGACCAUGAAGAAGGAGACUCAGCAGACAACAGGAGGAGAAGGAGGCGGAGCUUCAGAGUGGCAUCCAGGUGUCAGGUGGUCAAAGUAAGUCAUGGCACUCAGACAGUCAGAUUGGUGUUCCCGGCUGUUCGUCAAUCUGCUUCCGAUGCCCCGCCCAUCAGCAAGUCUGAUUACCCAGCCAAUCAGGAUGCAGCAGAGAGGACUCCAGAGGCACAGAUGUGGCGCUGCCUCCCUCCAGCAUACUCCAACAUCAUUACUCCUCUGCAGGCUUGCACCUCUGUUGUCUACCUUCUCUCUUCCCCCUCAGGCCCCGCCCAUAUGGACACAUCUACACCAGACGCUGCCUCCAAACGCUGCAGGAAGAAGAGGCGUCCACUUGACCUGCAGGGGUUAAAGGUCAAAUACAAACAACUUCCUGUCAGGUUCUAUGACCCCAACAGUAAACGAAUCCUGAAAAACCCUCCUAAAGGCUUCCUGUGGAACAGAGGCUCCUCCCCCUCCUCCCUGCCACCACCAUGUGUCCGUCAGCUGUUCCGAAGUCUGAGUCCAGACAUCAACACAGGUCUAGACACGCCCCUUUCUCUUCUGAGCACGCUCAGUCAGGACUCAGAACACACUAAGGAUGCAGUAAGAAGGCGAGGCAGGACCCCGCAAGCCCCGCCCCCUCCAUCCUACAACAGGUCAGAACAAGGGAGGGGGGUCAGGAGAGACAGGACACACCCCCAUAAUCCCAAGAGAAGAACCAGGACUCGAGCCACGCCUCCUCAACCUAGAAGAGAAGGUCUGCGAAGAGCCGGACCCCACCAGCCCCCACCUGCCCGGCAGGGGAGGAGCCGCAGGGGGCGGGGCUUAGAAAGGAGCCGAAGGUAGUAGGAUACUUGUUCAAGUAGCAGGACACCUGUUCAGGUAGUAGGACACCUGUUCAGGUGAGAGCCUCUUCUAUAAACAGGACAAAUCAAACAUAAAUAAUAAAUAUGAAUUAUUGCAAAUGUUUUUCUUUUACUAAACGAGGCAGCUGGACUUUUUUAUGAACUUUGAACUCUUUAAUAUGUAAAUAAAAUGAUCAAUAAAAAAAGAUUUGUUUGUUUAUUUUUAUA